AUGGAAAGCAUAAUGGAGGGAACCGCCCCCUCCACCUCAGCCCAAGGAGUUAUCCAAAACCAGCGCUCCUUCAUCCAAGAACGUCGCGGUCGCCGCUCCCUAAUUCAAUGGCCCUUCCAAUCGAUUGCCACCGAAACCAGCAGCUUAUUCUCCUUCACCCUCUUCGGUCGACCGCCGACGAGAGCCACGAAAGCGACUAGGACAACCAGAACGGGGACCCUCUCAUCUACUGGAGGCGGCGGCGGACCAGAGCGCCCUCCUUUUGCCCGCCGAGCCACUUGGGACCCAAGGCGGAUACGGGAAAAAGACGUGGAAUCGGUCGACCAGGACCUCAUUCCCGACUAUGUCAUUAAUUACCUACGCGGCGAGACUCCGGAGAUGGUGGCGAGGAGGAAGAAGAAUGAGGGGAAGCUGGGCGAGAGGGCGGUGGACAUAACGCAUCAGCAUCGACUACAUGAAUCGAGGGCUGGCAUUCUUGAUGGACUUUCGGAGACGAGCAGCGAAAGGUUGGGAUUUUGGGGGCAGGACGGAGAAGGGGCGGGCGAGGAUGAGGAGAGGAGGCAUAUACUACCCGGAACAGGGUCACGUUGGAAGAGGUGGAGUGGUGCAAUGACUGGACAAGUUGGAAGCAGGAGGUGGAAGAGGUGGACCGCCGGGUGGAGGGCAGGCGUGGGAUUAAACGCUUUGCUGGCAGGGAUAAUUCUGCUGGUCGGGGUCAUUUGCUUGGUAAUACUGGCGGCGUGGAAGGGGAAACAUGUCUUCAAGGGGAAGGUCGUCAUCUACAAAGGCUCAUGUUCGACAACUUCUGCGAUCGAUUCGGGGGUACACGCUGUCGUCAACAUUUUGGGAGUGGUUCUGUUGGCUGGGGCCAACUACACUUUUCAAGUACUGAGCAGUCCUACGAGGGAGGAGGUUACGGCGGCACACAAGAGGAAGAAAUGGUUGGAUAUUGGGAUACCGUCGUUUCGAAAUCUGCGAUAUAUCGCAAAGAGAAGGAGUCUCCUGGCUGUUGUCAUUCUUCUAGCGGCCAUCUUCACGCAAGUAAUUUCUAAUUCUAUAAUCUUUAUAUCCGGCCCCGCCCCAGCAAACCGAGUUACCAACGGCACUUCUCAAUCAACCUGCCAACUUGACGUCUACGGCUUCCUCCUCGGAAUCACCGUCCUCCUCAACCUCAUCACCGUCCUCUCCCUCAUCUCCGUUCUCAUCUUCUUAAAGCGACCAACCUUCACCCCCCUUGCCACCCUAGGAGACACCAUCGCCUCCUUUCUCAUCGAUCCCGACUCCAUCACCCAAGGCGCUUGCCUCCUUUCCAAAGACGACGUCAAGCAAGGGAACUGGGCCUCCGAAGCGUGCCAACCCAAGCACUGGGUGCCCAAACGACACUACUGGCUUCACGCCCCCUCUCUGCCACGCUGGAUCAUCACGGGAUUAGUAUGGGUUAUCUGCGCGGGAGCUACAGCAGCUGCCCUGGCGCUUUCCAUCAUGCAUGAUGGAAACGGCCUUUCGCCGUUUGGGAAUAACCCUUUAAUCUUCCCAGACCGGGACUCUUACUCACCGGCGCCAAACCAACCGCUCAUCUCCCUCAACCAACCAACAAUCCUCCCAGCCUGGGCAGCCACCAUUCUCUCCUCUCUUCCACACCUCCUCCUCUCAGCACUCUAUCUCGCCAUCAACCCGCUUCUAACGACUUAUUUCCUCUCUCACGAAUCCUCCUUAUUCUAUUCUAGCCACCACGGCCGUCAUGGUCCCAAUGCGCAACCGCAACCGCAACCGCUCCGCGUAUCCUCUUCCGCCCUCGACAUCGACCCCGACAGCUCACAAACGACUUCUCUCUACCUCACCCUUCCCCGACCCGUCUCUUGGUUUUUAUUGGUCCUCUUUUCCGCCAUGGGUUUUGUCGCGAGUCAGAGUCUCGGGAGUUUACACACAGAAUCAUCAUCCUCAGUGGCCACAGCAGCAGAGACAGAAGUAGGAAAAGAGGAGGAAGUAACAGCCCUCUUCACAAGCGGCGGAGCCUUAACUACCCUCCUCGCCCUCCUGGUUUUGCUUUUGGUAUUUACUUUGCUGCUGGGGCUCAGGACUUCUUCUUCUUCUCCCCCAAAGUCUUUUAUCUCAUCCUCCUCCUCACCAGUUACUACUAUUCCUAGUGGCAAACUCACGCCUGCAUCGGGAGCAGCAUCCGAGGGAGGAGGCAAUGAGAACACAAGGGCAGUUAUCGGAAACCCAAUGGCUUUACCGGGAGGGAGUUGUAGUGCUGUUAUUAGCGCUCGUUGUCACUUACUACCCCCUAGCAGUAGUAACGAGAAGGGGAGGGGGAAGCGUAGGAGCGUGGGGUUUAGUGAUCUCGUCGGUGCUGCUGCUGUUGAUACUACAGAGAUUUGGAAAAGGCCGCUGGUGUGGGGGGUGGUUGACGAAGGAAAAGGAGGAGGAGCAGGCCAAAAUAAUGCCCCUGAAGAAGCAGCGGCGGGGGUGAUCGGACAUUGUGGGUUUACUGUGGCCGGGAGGGCGGGGACGGUUACGGAGGGGAGGGUUUAUGCUUGA